AUGUCCGGAAAGCAGCAGAAGCCCAUGAUGCCGCCAAUAAACUGUAUAUAUAACUACCUGCAGCAGCAGACGACAGUAACAUUCUGGCUGUUCCAACAGACGCAGAUGCGCAUCAAGGGGAGAAUCAGCGGGUUCGACGAGUUCAUGAACGUGGUGGUGGACGAGGCGGUGGAGGUGCCGGUGGACGAGAAGAGCGGGGAGGAGCAGGUGGGCCGCAGCACGCGGCUGGGGCGGAUCCUGCUGAAGGGGGACAACAUCACGCUGAUUACGGCGGCGGAGGAGGAGGGUGUAUAG